UUUCACGUGUUACGAGACAUAUGAAUUUAAUUAUUAUACAUUUUUUAGAUAUAAUUUUUUUAAAAAAAAUUAGGUUUAAAUUUGAUAGAAAAUUAUAAUUUUUUAACAUGAACUCGUUCCAAAUGAACUACAAAACUUGCCCGGUAGAAUUCCAAACUCUGUGUAAAGAGCGCGCGCGAUAAUCGAAACCCGACCCAAUAAAAACACAACCCUAUCAAAUAUCAGUGCCGCAGCCGAAAAGGAGAGCUCAGGCUGACAAUUUCAUGGCCUCCAGCUCCAGCAGGCGAUUGAGGGCAUUCAAGCGGUGGAUGAACUCCCAAGGUAUCGAGUGGAGCAGCGAUGCAAUUGGGUUCAUCGACACUCCUGAACAAGGCGUCUCUGUGAAAGCAUUGAGGGAUUUGACGGAAGGAGAGGUGGCUGCCACCAUUCCAAAGGCCGCCUGCCUCACCAUUAAGACCAGUGGUGCACGCGACUUGAUCCGAGCUGCCUGUCUUGACGGUUGUUUGGGACUUUCUGUGGCACUUAUGUAUGAGAAGAGCUUAGGCAAUAAGUCUCCCUGGGCUGCCUAUCUUCAGCUCUUGCCCGACAGAGAGUGCCUGCCCUUGGUUUGGACUCUUGAUGAAGUUGAUCACCUUCUUCCAGGCACUGAGCUCCACAAGAUUGUGAAAGAAGACAAAGCUCUGAUAUAUGAUGAUUGGAAAGAGAGCAUAAUGCCUCUCGUGGAUGCCCUACAUCUUGUUCCAGAUUUUUUUGGUGCUGAGCAAUAUUUUGCUGCAAGGACUCUUGUUGCUUCUCGUUCUUUUCAGAUAGAUGAUUAUCAUGGGUUUGGAAUGGUUCCUUUGGCAGACCUCUUUAAUCACAAGACCCAAGCUGAGGAUGUCCACUUCACUUGUGGGACUUUUGAUUCUAAGUCUGAUGAUGAAGAUGAAGAGGGCAACAACAAUGAUUCUUAUACUGAAAGUGCUGUUAAUGGGGAGCCAGCAAAUGCAUUGGGCUGCACUUCAGAUGAUUCCAACGUGUUGGAAAUGAUAAUGGUGAAGGAUGUCAAGACUGGAGCUGAGAUCUUUAAUACCUAUGGGUUCGCUGGUAAUGCUGCAUUGCUUCAUAGAUAUGGGUUCACAGAACCAGAUAAUCCUUAUGACAUUGUCAAUAUUGACUUGGAGUUGGUACUUUACUGGAGUUCAUCAUUGUUCUCUGGCCGAUAUAGCAGAGCAAGGUUGUCCCUUUGGAGAAAAUUAGAUUACUCUGGAUGUGUUAGCCACAAUGCUGAAUACUUUGAGAUCUCGUUUAAUGGGGAACCACAAGUUGAGUUGUUGAUUUUAUUGUACAUAAUGCUGUUACCAGAGGAUGACUAUUGCAAAUUGGAUCUAGCAUUUUCAACUGCCUGUAACCACAAGGAACCCAUCAGCAUAAUUUUGUCAGAGAAAUGCAAUAUCUCAUGGGAAAAUGGGUCAGAAGUUAAUAAAGAUUUGUUGCUGACAGAAAGCGUUUGUAGUGCUCUUUUGUGGCUUGCCGACAAGAGGGAGAGUUUGUAUGGUUUAAGUUCAAUGAAGGAUGAUAUAGAAGCUCUGGAAAAGUGUAGCAGGAAAGAAAGGAAGUUGUACCAUUCUUUGAUGUUGCGUGUGAGUGAGAGGAGGAUUCUUGAGAAGCUCAGAACUUAUGCUACCGUUGGUACUGAAUUGUUAAAAACUACUAAGAGAGCAUCUACUAGGAAGAGAAUGAGGAGGACUUCAGGCCCUGUUUGAUACCCUCAGCAAUAGAUUCUGUUUUCCAGUGUAUAUUCUGAAUGGGAGGCAUUCUGCUAUGUCCAUGCUACAUUUUCACUUUGAAGAUCCGCGUAGGGUUCCGUUUCUAGUGAAUUGAGACAUUUCUGAGUGGGGAGAGGGCUUUCUACGAUAGGUAUCAGCCUUUGUGAAUGUGAAAGAUAAUUUUUUACAAUCGUUUUUUUUUUUUUUAAGAACUUGUUUGGUUUCUUCUUAAUCUACACGUUUUUGUGUUGUUUUCAAAUGGAUAUAUCGUUCAAGAAUCAUAUGGUACAUGUUUCUUAUAUUUUGACGCCCUUUUUGUGCCAGCACUGCCAAACAAGCAAUGCUCAUGUGUGUGUAUUUAUAUAA